UUUAUUAGUCAAAAUAGAAUAGAAAAUACCGUAUAAACAUAAUUGCCUUCAUCUCCGUUGUUUCCCUUAUGUUUUUUCCUAUUUGUCCCCAUUGAUUUAGUUUGAUUAAUAUAAAUUAUUUUCGUCCAUCCGUAAGCUAAGGCUGUGAAAUUGGAGAAAAAUAUUCACCAUUCUAUAUUUUCGUAUUGUGAAAUUAAAAUAUUUGGGUUGUAAUAAUAAUCAUAACAACUGUGCAAACACGAAUACUUGUCUUAUAAGAAUCUAGUAAGAUGUCAACCUCAUAAUAGAGAGAGGGGCGGUUGAUUUCCACUAAUUGUAAUUGAUGGUAAAAUGAGUGAAGAGUUGCAAAAUGAUGGUAACAAAAAGAGUCCAUCAUUGGCCAAUGCUGAGGGUGGUGUGCAGGGAGCAGAGUGUGGGGCUCACAUUGAUGCUUCAACUAAUGUAUCACAGGCACAGAUGACAGGGGGUGUAGCUUCAGAUAAUGCAAAAUGGCGAUGUGAAAUGUGCACAUAUGAAAACUUUCCUCUCUCACGCAAGUGUACAAUGUGUCGGGCGCCCAAACCUUGUCUUGGCGAGGAUAUAUUCAAGUUGCAAGAUGGUGCCAGUGCUUUACCCACACAGGACAUAUGUGGUGCAGAAAUGGUUGCAGAAAGGUUGAAACCUUUGAGGAUAUCAUCACCGCAGGGACAUGCAAGUGCCUCGUCAAUUAAUAAAUGGUCAUGUGCUACGUGUACAUACGAGAACUGGCCGCGUUCGCAGAAGUGUGCUAUGUGUGGUGCCGCACCGCCCCGAGGGCACGACGCGCCUAGACCCACUGGUAUAAAUGACAUAUGCAAUAGUCAAAAUACGUCUGUACAUGAAGUGGACUCGAACGGGCGUCGAUCAAAACGUAGGAAUAAUAAUGCUGAUUGGAUCUGGUUGCAAGCUUGCCUUGGCGUGGUGGAGGGCGACGGGCGGCGCGUGGACGCGUACCUGGCGGCGGGCGGGUCGCCGGCGCGCGCGCUCUCCGCGCCCGAGGUGGCGCUGCUCAACCGCGCCUCCGCCUUCGACGCGGGCCACACGCUCGUGCACCUCGCCAUACGGUUUCAAAGACAAGAAAUAUUAUCAACAUUACUGUCACGGAUAUCGGGCGGGGGUCCCGGCUUGAAGCGGUCACCAUCUUAUGUAGCGCCCGAUCUGGCCUCAGCAAUAAGACGACACGUGGCCAGCUGUAUACGGCACAAGAAAGGCAACUUUCCAUGUCGAUAUGUAAAUGAAUUCUGUACAUUCUCUCUACCGGCUGAAAUCGACGAGUUACCAGCUGCGAUACAAGAGCAAUUAUUCGCUGAGCUGUUAGACAAGGAGGCACAACAGACGCUCGAAACCGAUACACCACUCAUCAAUUGGAGUAUAGAACUUACAGUUAAUUUAGAGUUGAGUAGAGAGACACAGGGACAGAGAAAACGACUUCGCUUUAUACAACGUAGUGAUGAUGCAUUGUUGCGUGCACGCAGUUUCUACGGGCGCUGGCAGGCGUGGGAGCGGCUGCAGGCGGCGCAGCUGCAGUACGCGCCCGAGGAGGCGCAGCUGCGCGCCGAGUGGGCGCGCCUGCUGGCCGCCGCCGCGCGCCCCGGCACGCCGCUGCAUCAGUUGCACGUGUUCGCGCUGGCGCACGUGCUGCGGCGGCCGGUGCUGGUGUACGGCGUGGACGUCGUCAACUCGUUCCGCGGCGAGGCGCUCGGCUAUGCGCGCUUUCAGGGCAUAUACCUGCCGCUGCUGUGGGACGCGGAGUUCUGCUCCAAGUCGCCGCUGUGCCUGGGCUACACGCGCGGCCACUUCUCCGCGCUCGUGCCGCUCGAGCCGUAUGCCCACCGGCACGACUAUAUAUGCCGCGAGCCAACGGAAGACGACAGCGAGGAUAUGACGUUUCUACCGCUAACAGAUUCCGAAGGGAAAUUGUUACCUGUCCACUUUCUCACUUGUGAUGAGAUGGCGGACGAGGAGGGCGUGGUGCGGCGCUGGACGUGCGCGUGCGUGACGGCCGGCGGCGUGCUGUGCGCGCGCCAGCGCCUGCACGCGCGCCCGCUGCUGCAGGCGCAGAUGCUCGAGGAGUGGCUCAACCACUACCGCCGGCUCGCACAACAAACUCGCGGCCCGUUCCCGCCGCGGUUGCACACGGCGGAGUUCUCAAGCGACCCCGAUACCGAUGAGGAAUAACAAACAACACUCGUUCUGAAGAUUAAUAUAUUGUUAUAUUUGUUUUGAUAUGUGUUGAGUAGAUUCCAUGUUUACCCACGCCCAUGAAACGAAUUAUAUAUAUUUUUCUUAAAUAUCAUAUAUAAGCAUUAACUAUUGUUAAUGCUUCAUUAUUUUAAUUAAAGGAAUGAUUAAAUCUUCAUUGCCUAAAAACAUAUUCUUACUUGUCCAGUAAUAAAAUAUGAUUUUGAAGGUUU